AUGGACAACUUUGACCGCGCUGCUGAGACACAGUAUACCAUGAAUGGUCUGCUGCGGUAUGAGCUCUGGCAGCUUUUGGCACAAACACAGUAUGCUGACUACAAUGGUAGCUUCUACAAAACUGGGGCUUUCUCCGACGUGACCGUCACAUGCGGCGGGCACGCUUUCCCUUGUCACAAGAUGGUGCUGGUCACCAGAUCUGAAUGGUUUUUCCAGGCAUGCGCGGGACGCUUCAGGGAGGCGAACUCCCGCAUCAUCGUGCUCCAAGAGGAUGACCGGGAGCUUGUUGGCGCGAUGCUCUACUUCUGCUACGCCCUCGACUACGACCAGCCAAGCGCAGAUCUCCCCGCCGUCCUCUUCCACGUCCGCAUGUUCGCACUCGCUGAGAAAUACUCCGUCUAUGGCCUGACCUGUCUCGCGGCGGACAAGUUCAAGAAGGAGGCUAAGAACGGCGCUGAUAAGGCAGUUCUGGCAGAGGUCGUCCGCGAGGCCUACGAUACGAUAUCUGAUGAAGAGGGCAUGUUCGGGAGGGCGAUCAUGGAGAUCAUGGGGCACGAGCUGGAGACGAUCAAUCUGGACGGGUAA